CGAGUGAGCCGGCCGAUUCGGAGUCAGCCGGUCAGUCGUUCACUCGACGGACCCGCACGUUCGUCACGCCGAGGCUUUAGCGUAGCUUCCGUCAUGGCUGCGUCGAGCGUGGAAGGCAUCAGCCAGCUCUUGAGCAAGAUCUUGAAGAUCCUCGAAGAGGAGCACGUGUUCGAUCGCUCCGGCGAGCAGCCGGUCGUGCGAUUCGUUCAUCCCGAAGAUUUGCGAAAGACGAUGCCGCUCUCCCUGAACGAGGAGCCAGCUUGCGAUGAAGAAAUCGAAACGGCGAUACGGCAGAUCGUGCGCUACUCCGUGAAAACGUCCAGCCCGCAUUUCCACAAUCAGCUUUACGCCGGGGUCGACGAGUACGGACUGGCCGGCUCCUGGUUGACGGAUGCCCUCAACACCAGCCAAUAUACCUACGAGGUAGCCCCGGUGUUCACGCUGAUUGAACGCGAACUGAUCGAAAAGACGUUGGCGUUGGUGGGCUACCCGCGGAUUCCGCAGGCCGACGGUGUGAUGAGUCCAGGAGGCAGCAUAUCCAACAUGUACGGCAUGGUGUUGGCCAGGUACAAGUUGCUGCCGGAAGUGAAGAGGAAAGGACUCAGUGGGUACCCGCCGUUGGCGUGUUUCACCAGCGAGAGCAGUCAUUACUCGAUCAUGAAAGGUGCCCAUUGGUUGGGCAUCGGCACCGAUUAUGUCCACAAGAUUAAGACGGAUGCGUUUGGUCGCAUGGAGCCGAGCGACCUGAAAAGGGCGAUAGCGGAGGCGAAGGGCCAAGGGCGUGUACCGUUCUAUGUAAACGCCACUUGCGGCACUACGGUACUCGGUGCCUUCGAUCCGCUGUUGGACAUCGCCGCGAUCUGCCAAGACGAGGGUCUCUGGUUGCACGUUGACGCCUGUUACGGCGGUACCUUGCUGCUCUCGGACAAAUAUCGGCACCAACUGCGAGGCAUCGAAUUAUCGAACUCGGUGUCCUGGAAUCCGCACAAGAUGCUUGGAGUGCCGCUCCAGUGCUCCUUCUUCCUGGUCAAAGGCGAAAACGCGCUGCACAAGGCCAACUACGCCGGGGCCCAGUACCUCUUCCAGCAGGACAAAUUUUAUAACGUCACUUGGGACACGGGAGAUAAGAGCGUGCAGUGUGGCAGAAAGGUCGAUGCCAUGAAAUUUUGGCUAAUGUGGAAAGCUCGCGGCACGACGGCUCUUGCACGCUCGGUGGACCAGGCGAUGUUCUGUAAGGAUUACUUUUUGAAACGCAUCACGAACAGAGCUGGCUUCCGCUUGGUGUUGUCCGAUUACGAGUGCACCAGUAUAUGCUUCUGGUACAUACCUCCGGGUAUGCGUGAGCAGCGGGAAACGCAAGAGUGGUGGAAUAAACUGUAUAAGAUCACAUCUAAGAUAAAGGAACGUAUGAUCUUGGAAGGAACCCUUAUGAUCGGUUACACGCCAUUGCAGGCGAAGAACAUUGGCAAUUUCUUUCGUAUGGUGAUCAACUGCCAACCGCCGCCUACGGAAUCGUCCAUGGAUUAUGUCAUCAGCCAGAUCGAAAAAUUUGCGCUAAAUCUGCGUAUGAGUAAUCUAUAAACCUAACAAGAUCUAAAUAAUUUUUGUAAUCUGUAUUUAUGUUUUUCAAGUAGAAUGUAAGAAUCGAUAGAAAUGUUUGGUUAAGCAUAUGCAGUACCUGUUGAAAAAUAAUCUAUUGAUUUUUCAUUGGAGCUAUUUAACGUGUAAGAAAUUAUUAUUAUUAACGAUAUUACAUGAUGUUUACCUAC